GUGAAAAGUUUAAUAAAGUGUCUAAAACCCUGCCGUUAUAUAUUGUUCCCCAUAGCUCAAAACCUUUCCUAACAUAGCACAAGCUGAACCAGUACGGCGACAUCCACCGGCGGCUACGGUUGCCGAUUUUUGCGCUUGCAGCCUCUAUUGAUUCAUUUUCCUUUGGGGGGGAAACACUUUUCCCCCGUCGUGACAGAACUCAUCCGACUUUUUACAGGUGAAUAUUGCCGUUCGGGAUUAGCUUUCGUGCAUUGUUUCUCAUUUGAUUGAAGGAGGUCUCACCAUGUAUGUUUGAGCAGUAUAACAUAUCUCAAAAUGGAUCUGAAAUUCAAGGGGAAAAAAUGGGUCGGGAACAUUUACCAGAAAUUUGAGGCUAUAUGCCAUGAAGUUGAUGAUUUUGUGAGCCAGGAUACCGUUAAAUAUGUCGAGAACCAGGUGCAUACAGUUGGGGACAGUGUGAAAAGAUUUUAUGCUGAUGUUGUGCAAGAUAUAAUUCCUUCUUCUAUGGGGAAACCUGGAAAACAUGAAGCUCAAGCAGUGUGUUCGGCACAAAAUAAUACCAUUGAGACCCCGGUCAGGUCAAUGAUAGCUCUUGAAGAAAAUCCUGUAUAUACCAAUAUCAACCAAUCUUCUGUGGAGGAGUAUCCAAUUUAUCCCUUAAAGAAUACACAUCAACAUUUGAUCCCUCCACCUUCUGCCAAUCAGGUUAAAUUAGCAGAGCUCGACUUAUCAUUGGGACCAGAAUUCAAUGCUUUGAAUGAUAAGAAGUUCCAUACUGUUCUUGAAGAAAAAGAUACGAAGGAGGAGUUGGUAGAUAAGAAGUCUGACAUUCUUGUUGAAGCAAAUGACACAGAAAAGGCAGUGAUCGAUGAAAAGUCUCUUGAGGUUGUUGAAGAAAAUGGUGCAAAGGAGGAACCAUCUCAGCCUGAGGAGUUUGAGUUAAUCUGUACUGAAAACAAGAACGUGAAUGAAGCAUUAUUAUUAAGCGAGUACAUUACUGAAAAGAGUGGGAUUCAGUCUGAAGUUCCAACAGCAACUUUGCUAUGUAGUACCCAAAAGGAAAACGUUGAUUGUAUUAACUUUUUAGAUGAUGUUGAGUGCGUUUCUAAUACUUCUAGCUUGUUGACACCUUCUGAGAUGAGCUCAUCAGUUGUUUCAAGUGAGAGUAGGAUACCAGAGGUGGGACUUAUUUCUACCAGUAGUUCCCUAUCUAUAGCCACUCAUGGUAUGUUAGACUUUUCGGAUGAAAAUGUCAUUAGAGCUGUUUCUGAUCUCUCGGAUGCUCUAUCAUCUUCUCAGUCCUUCCCAGUUCUAUUUUGUGACAACAAGGAUACGGAUAUGGGGCUUACCAAGGUUGCGGAUAUGGGGCUUACUUUCUCCGGCAGUGCCCUGUCAUUGGAAUCAAAAGCUGAAGAUGCUGCUUCUCUUGCUGGAUCAUCUGCAAAUACGCAUUGCUAUGAGUGUGCUCAAUUAGAGGUUCUAAUGUCUUCCCUGGAAAUUGGAGAGGCAGAUAACUGCAGAGUAGAUAUCACAGAUCCCAGUUUGGAAAGCAUCGAGUUGUCUGAGAUGGCAAAGCCUGAUGAGGGUUGUGUAGUUCUGGGCCGUAGAUUACUCUAUGCUGACUCUUGUAGAGCACAAAGACACAGAUCAUACAAGAAAAUCCUACAAGAUGCUUUUGCUUCAAAAAAGAGGAUAAGUAAAGAGUACGAGCAGCUGGGAAUUCAGUACGGAGACAUUGAUAUCGGGUCAAUCCAGCAACAACCUCUGAAUCUUUUGCCCCCCUCUUCCACUUUGGACUCGAAGAAAUCAUCAUCUCAGGAAACAUGGGAACCUGAAUGGGAGCUUCUGUAAAUACAAGUACUCUCUGUAGAUUUAGUGCAACGGAACUGGUUAUGCAGUCUCUCAGAUUGUUCAGAUGGAAGUGAUGAAGAUGAAGCCGGUUCUUUCUAUAUGUAUAUUUUGUCGUAUACAUCUGUUUAAUAAUAUACAGCGAGGUUGUUUACGCAUCCCAAGUAGUAAUAAUUGCCUGUUUUAUGAUAGAUUGGACAGUUCCUUUUGAUAAAUUUCAAGAAAUCCUGCAACGUUUUGUAA